UGGGUUGUUUACCAAAGGCUUUGAGAACCAUGAAAGUCUACAAACCGGAUUCAAGCUUGGAAAAGCAAAAAACCCACGAAUUCAUCCUUCGUGAUUCAUAAAAAUGCCUAUAUCCUCGUCCAAAAAAGUCACAUUUGCUCCGACGCACAAAAAGACCAAGUCAAAGACAAACGGCUCAGCACAGGCAGAAAAAGAAAAAGCUUCGCUCAAGAUAGCAAAUGAAGCUCAGCAGGAUUCGGACUCGGACGCAGACGAUGCAGGAGCUGAAACUCAGGGCUUAGAAAACGGGGGGGAGGUUGACUUCUACGGGUUUUCAGACGACCCCGACUCCUCUGAUGAGGAAGAGGUUAUGGAUGAUGAUGGCGUCGACCUUGGUUCGCUACCAACAAUAGCAAAAGAUGAUGCUACUAUCAAGCGGAGACUUGAGAAAGCAAAGCGUAAACCAACAGAAGAUAAAGGUGUUAUAUACAUCGGUCGAUUACCGCACGGUUUUUUCGAAGAUCAACUACGAGGUUACUUUUCUCAGUUCGGUGAUGUGACGCGUCUACGUCUAUCUCGGAAUAAAAAGACUGGACGUUCAAAACAUUAUGCAUUCCUUGAGUUUGACUCGUCGUCCGUCGCACAGAUUGUCGCCGACACCAUGAACAACUAUCUACUAAUGGGUCACAUACUGCAAUGUAAAGUGAUUCCAAAGGAAGAAGUGCGUCCUGAGCUGUGGAUAGGUGCAAAUAGAAAAUGGAGGGUAGUCCCCAGAGCCCGCGUGGCUCGAGUGGAACACAACAAGCCGCGUACGGAAGAGGAGAUACAAAAGGCAGAAUAUCGCCUGAUAAAACGCCAGAAUGAACGUAAACGAAAACUAGCUGAAGCAGGCAUCAUGUACAACUUUGAUGCUGUCGCAAAAAAGAAAGCCAAAUCAACUCAGGCAUAAUUGUUAUUGCUACAUGUAGAGGUCUCCAGAUAUGGAUUACAGCGGGGCGUUUGCGUAGGUGACGAUACAAGUUUUCAUAAGAUACAGAUGGCUGGAGUCGCAACCGUUGGUUCCUCUGCAGGUGUCGCAUAAUGCAUUCCAAAUCUUUCUACAACUUCGACUUGUUUUUCUUUGAUGGUUUACGCAUUGUGGCUUGUGGAUUUUCCUCCUGCGGGUUGGUCAGUUGACUCUUGGGAUUGUCACCCGGCGUAUCCUCUGAUGGCUCUGAUGGUUCAGCAAAAGCUGAGGCAGGUGGAUCAUUUCCCAGCCCCCCAGGCCCAUCGCUGCUCUUCUGAGUCAUUCCUGCAUUUUUCUUUUUCGUCUCGCGUGACCCGUGUCUCUGCGAUGGCUUUAUCUGCUUCUCAUUCGCAUCGGGAAUGUUCUCGGCAGGCUGAGUGGGCUCAGCGAAAGCCGGAGGUGGCAGUUCUUUGGCUUUAUAAGGCAUGGUGCAGCUAUGAAUACAAGCUAGUUCGGUGUAAAGAUGCGGUU